AUGGCGGAAGCUGCGCGCAAUCAGCUGCAUCUCACAUUCAAGAAUCUACUCGCCUCUGGUGAGUUCUCUGAUCUCACUGUGACCUGCGGACCCGACUCGUACAAGGUUCACAAAAAUGUCGUGUGUUCCCGCGCGGAGUUCUUCUCUCGCGCUGUCAAGUUCGGAGGCAAGGAGACUGAGCAAGGCAGUGUCGAUCUUCCAGAAGAUGAGCCCGCUAUCGUCAAACUGAUGAUGCAGUACAUCUACGAGGGCGAAUACGAUCCUGCCCUUCCCGACAGUGGAUUGAGCAGUUCUAUACAGCCUGAGGUCACAGCAUCUUCGACCCCCACGGCAUCGCAAAGCAGAAACCCCCUGCCUAUCCCCGGCUCAUCUACACAGCUGAUGGUCCACGCUAAGCUCUAUGAAAUCGCCGACAAGUACGACGUAGUUGGUUUGAAAGAGCUGGUGAUUGAGAAGUUCAAGCGAGCUUGCCACAGCUUCUGGAACGAUCCCUCCUUCGCAGCUGCGGCUCAUCACGUUUUCUCCACCACCCCGGAACAUGACAAAGGCCUGAGGGAUAUUGUGUCGAAGACCAUCGCGGAACACAUGGCCGAGCUGGUGAAGAAACCUGAGGUUGAGGCGCUGCUUACCGAGUUCAAUGGACUGGCCUUUGGCUUGCUCAAGAUGAAGACGGAGGCUGGUUGGAAGUGA